AUGGAUAAGCAUACGUCGAUCACUCCAGUUAUGGAAAGCACAGGAAAUACAGGAAGGCUGACGUCAUUUCCUACUGCAAACAAUAGUCGGUGUGAUUGCCAAGCUUGUAGUGACAAUCCUAAUUAUGUAUUAGCGAAUCCCUUGUCAAAAUUAAAUAUUAUACAAUCGGAAGACAAAGGCACCUCAUCAAUAAGUAAUUUGAACAGCAAUUUUCCAGAAACACCUAUUCAUCACAUUUCGCUACAUGGAAAUCAAAAUUCUUCUCUUCUUAAUCCAUUAGUCAAUUUGAAUAGAGUGAACUCACUGGAGAUGAAGCAACAACCGCAACGUCAACAGCAACAGCAACAACAACAACAACCAUAUGAUCAUAAUGAAAUCCAGAAUAAUAACAAUAAUAAUAACAACAAUCAAAUAAAUCACCAUCAUUCGCUUAAAUGGGAAAGUAUAAACUAUUCAUCAAAUAGCUUAAAAGAAUCCUAUAGAUUAAAUAACCUGAUCAGCAAUUUUGCAACUUUAUCAUUCCCUGCGACACCUAUUACUAUAAGUAAUGAUAGUAGUAGUAGCAGUAAUAGCAAUGCGCUGAUAAGUGAUCAUUCUCUAGGCAACUUAAAUAAUCGAUUGAGUGUAACACAAACCACCAAUAUUUGGUCUUCAAAUAAUGAAGCCGAUUUUAAACUGUUAAAUUAUGGAAUAAACAAGUGA